AUGAGAAGCGGAGCAUCGACCGAUCCCUUCGGGCUGCUGGCUUCAUGCCGACUGCCCAUGGCCAUGUGCUCGAUGCGCCUCACAACGGCGGCGGGCGAGGCGCAAGCCCGAAAGGCAUCAUGCUGGAUGCACACGAGGCCCGCGCAGCCAUAUUUGCAUCUGAAAUGCCGCAGCGGUAAUGUUUUGGAUGCGUAUACGCUCUUGGGCCCGUGGAACAGGGCAUCGGCGGCCGUCGAAGUAGAGCCCAUUGUCCCCAAAGACCCCGCGUUGCUGGCCACCAUCAAGUCCAUGGACGAGCGGGGCAUCAAGACGCUAUACGGACGCUGGCUGAUUGACGGUGCCCCGCGCGUGCUCCUCUUCGACACGGGCACUGGCUACAGGUGGCUCGACGAGUGGAAGGGCGACCUGUGGUCUUCGACAGGCAUUCCUUCGCCCCCAGGCGAUUCCGAGACCAACGAGGCCAUUGUCUUUGGCUACCUCAUUGCAUGGUUUUUGGGCGAGUAUGUCUACCAUGAAAAGAAGCGGGCUGUCAUUGUCCAGUUUCACGAAUGGCUUGCAGGUGUUGCGGUCCCUCUGUGCAAGAAGCGCCGCAUCGACGUGACGACCAUUUUCACCACGCAUGCCACACUUCUCGGCCGCUACCUUUGCGCCGGCUCAGUCGAUUUCUACAACAACCUCCAAUAUUUCGACGUGGACGCCGAGGCAGGAAAGCGCGGCAUCUACCACCGCUACUGCAUUGAGCGCGCCGCUACACACGCUGCCGAUGUCUUCACAACCGUGUCGCACAUUACGGCCUAUGAAAGCGAGCAUCUCCUGAAGCGAAAGCCCGACGGCGUAUUGCCCAAUGGGUUGAAUGUCAAGAAAUUCUCAGCCACGCACGAGUUCCAGAAUCUGCACCAGCAGGCCAAGGUCAAGAUCAACGACUUUGUGCGUGGACACUUCUACGGCCACAACGACUUUGAUCCCGAGAACACGCUAUACUUCUUCACGGCCGGUCGUUACGAGUACAGGAACAAGGGUGUGGACAUGUUCAUUGAAUCAUUGGCGCGCCUCAACCACAGGAUGAAGAGCGAAAACUCCAACAUGACAGUGGUAGCCUUUAUUAUUCUGCCCGCGCAGACAACAUCGCUUUCGGUUGAUUCGCUAAAGGGACAGGCAGUCAUCAAGGCGCUCCACGACAGUGUCAACAGCAUUGCCGAGAAUGUGGCCAAGAAGCUGUUUGAGCGGUCUCUGACGUGGACAGAAGGCCAGGAGCUGCCCGAGGACAAGGACUUGAUCACACCCGCUGACAAGAUCUUGCUUCGCCGACGGCUGUUCGCCAUGAAGCGCCACAACCUGCCGCCCAUUGUCACGCACAACAUGGUCAACGACGCCGAAGACCCCGUGCUGAACCAACUGCGUCGCUGCCAGCUCUUCAACCACCCGUCGGACCGCGUCAAGGUUGUGUUCCAUCCAGAGUUUUUGAACUCGGCCAACCCAGUGCUGCCUAUGGACUACGACGACUUUGUCCGUGGAACCCAUCUUGGUGUAUUCUCGUCGUACUACGAGCCAUGGGGAUACACGCCGGCUGAAUGCACCGUCAUGGGUGUGCCCAGUAUCACAACCAACCUGUCGGGUUUUGGCUGCUACAUGGAGGAGCUGAUUGAGAACGCGCAGGACUACGGGAUUUACAUUGUAGACCGAAGGAUGAAGGGCGUCGAUGAUUCGGUCAACCAGCUUGUCGACUACAUGUUUGACUUUACCAAGAAGAGCAAGCGCCAGCGCAUCAACCAGCGGAAUCGCACGGAGCGCCUCAGUGACCUGCUCGACUGGAAGCGCAUGGGAUUGGAGUAUGUCAAGGCUCGGCAGCUGGCUCUCCGACGGGCAUACCCUGCGGCGUACGAAGGCGACGAGGAGCCCGACUUUUUCAACUCGCACGAUAUCAAGAUCUCUCGGCCCCUGUCGGAGCCUGGGUCGCCCCGCGAUCGCUCGGGCAUGAUGACGCCAGGUGACUUUGCUUCGCUGCAAGAAGGCCGCGAAGGACUGAGCACCGAGGACUACAUUGCGUGGAAGCUUCCUGAAGAGGAAGAGGCCGAUGACUUUACCUUUCCGCUUACCUUGAAGACGAAGAGUAAGCCUAACUCAGGCGCAAACACCCCUACCAUGACGACUGGAGUGAAUGGUACUGACUAGACGUCUUUUUUCUCUCUUGUUGUUUAGGGCGAUGAAAGAAGCAAAGAUUGUCGAGGUUGUAUUGAUCUAUUCCCUUGUGUGCGAGUUGAUAUUACGCGCAACUAGUGCAUCAGAGGCGGAGAGGCGGAGAGCGAACGGGUGAAGAAGGACUGUGUGGGUGUCCUGUGUGGGCAGCAGGCCCGUGUAUUUUAGGAAUGAGAAUAUCAGCGUCUAUCAGACCACUCGAAUGGCGUGGGC